AUGGUUCAGCCUAAUCAGUACCAAGAGAACUUAUCCUCUGGUGCCUCUUCUACUCAAGACUUACUCGCAAAUGAUCCCAAUACAAGUAAAUUAGCUGGAAGCUCAAAUAAGUUUGAUGCUGACAUCAACGUUAGUUCAAAGGACUCACGUGAUACAGAGUCGUAUAGUCAUGGACAUCAUUUUUUGGAAGCUGAACCUUCAAAGUUAGUGAUACUCGUCACCUUAGCCUCUUCUAUCUCUGGGUUCAUGUUUGGUUAUGACACCGGUUAUAUUUCUUCAGCCUUGGUUCAAGUAGGAACAGAUUUGUCUAAUAAAGUUUUGACUAAUGGAGAAAAAGAAUUUAUUACCUCCGCAACCUCCUUAGGGGCUUUGUUUGGUGCUAUACUAAGUGGUAUUGCUGCUAAUAUCAUUGGUCGUAAGAAGGUUUUGAUGUCUUCCAAUGUGUUUUUCGUUAUUGGUACUAUUAUUCAAUUAGCAGCUAAAACAGUCUGGACUAUGAUUGCUGGUCGUUUUGUUUUGGGUUGGGGUGUUGGGAUUGCAUCCAUGAUAGCUCCAUUAAUGUUGAGUGAAUUGGCUCCUCCAAAGUAUAGAGGUCGUUUGAUUGUUACUAAUGUUAUGUUUAUCACUGGUGGUCAGUUGAUUGCUUAUUUGAUUAACUGGGGGUUAACCAAUGUCAGCCAUGGAUGGAGAGUAUCUGUUGGUUUGUGUAUGGUUCCACCAGUUAUUCAAACAGUUCUCUUUUUCUUCUUACCUGAUACGCCAAGAUUCUAUGUCAUGAAUAAUCAGAUCGAAAGAGCUAAGGAAGUGUUUGCAAAGAUCUAUAGAAAUCCUCCUAAAGAAUUUGUUGAUGAGAGAAUCGAAGAAAUGGUUGAAUCAAAUUCAAUGGUUUAUGGUUCUACACCUUUACAAAAGACUUGGACAUCUAUUAAGCUUAUCCAUACCAAGGGAGCUAAUUUCAGGGCCUUGAUCUUAGCUUGUGGUUUACAAGGUAUUCAACAAUUCACUGGGUUCAAUUCAUUGAUGUAUUUCAGUGCUACUAUUUUCGAAACUAUUGGGUUCAAAAAUCCAACUGCUGUUUCAAUCAUUGUUUCUGCUACUAAUUUUGUUUUCACCUUGGUUGCCUUAUUGAUAAUUGAUCAUGUUGGUAGAAGAAGAAUCUUAUUGAUUUCUAUUCCCUGUAUGUGUGGAUCAUUAAUCCUUUGUGCCAUUGCAUUCCAUUUCUUGGGUGUUAAAUUUGGUUCAGGUUCAAAUGUUAUCGUCAAAGAACAAGGUAUCACUGGUUGGGGGAUUAUUGUUAUCAUUGGAAUGGUUUUGUUUGUGGCCAGCUAUGCUAUUGGUAUUGGUAACAGUGCUUGGGUUGGUGUUGAAUUAUUUUCUGAUGUUAAUGUUAGAUCUGUGGGUUCGAUGUAUGCUGCUGCUACCAAUUGGUCUGGAUCUUUAACUAUUGCUUCAACAUUUUUAACCAUGUUACAAAGAAUUACUCCAGUGGGAACAUUUUCAUUCUUUGCUGCAUUAUGUGCUGUUUCAUUCCUUUUCGUUUACUUCUUGUUACCUGAAGUGGCAGGUUUGAAAUUAGAAGAAACUUCUAGUUUAUUGGCUGAUGGGUUUAAUGUUAAGGCAGCUUCAAAGCUUUCAAAAGAACGCAAAAGACAAGCCAAAUUACAACUUGGAGAAAAUGAAGCAUAA